AUGGUGCGCCUAGUCUUGCAAAACAAGGUCAAAAGGUUUGACGGAGAUGUCUCGAGCGUCGCCAUCGACGCCAACAAGAAGCAGCUUCUUCGCCUGAAGGACAUGGAUAUUGAGAUCAUCUACAGGAGCACCCUACAGAUCGAGGCAUGUUUCGAGCUAUUCCAGACAAUUGCCCGAAUGUAUUACCAGAUGCAUAUCAACCAUGUCUCCAAGGGCAUGGACUCGACCGAAAUGCUUGAGAAAACGCUCGUGACGAUGGCUCAAACGUUUGUGGCUGCUGUGAAGACUGGAGCUGCCGCCGCCACUGAGCAUGUUGAGGAGAAUAUGCCCCAAAGCCUGGCUAUCCGGGUCAGCGAGGAUCUGAGCAUCUAA